AUGCGAUGUCUCGUCGCACUUUACAGACUUUCUAUUCAUGACGAUCUGGCAUGGGACAAAGACGCUGUACGAAAUACAAUUGAUCUGAUGGCCGUGUUUGAUCACGUCAUAACGAGUAUGGAGCAUAGAAGUGCUGAAAUCCGAAACCCCGACGACGACAUAAUCAUCCACCUUUGUAAAGUGAUGAAAGGAUUUCGUGCUUAUUGUGCUACAAAAUUGGCUCCAGAUGAAGGCCCCUCGCAAGCAGCAAAUGGCAAAGCCGUAAGCGACGAAAAUUUCAUUCUGGAAUAUAUGGAUUUGGCAGACGAUGCCUGGUUGCAAGAUGUGCUUGGGUGGUCUGCAUACUGA